ACCAAAACAAAAACACCCAUGCUGCUCCUGCACUCAUAUUUUCAAUAAACCAAAAUCUUCUUUUCAACACCCAUUCUGCUGCACUUCUCUUUUCAACAAACCACACUCUACUUUUCAACCCAAAUCACGAUUCUUUUCACCAACCCACACUCUUCUAUUCCACCAAAAGCUAUAACACUUAUCGUUUCAAUAACCCAUACAAGCCAAAGACAAUACCCCCACGCCUGAAGUACGUUGAUCUGUAGCAUCAAAAAUUAUGACGCACAUGUAAGAAACACUUCCACCAUGCAGUUUGGUUGAACUGGCCGAGAACCACCAUCACACCUCUCAUGGCUGAAAGAACCAUGGCCGGAAAACUCCCUUGACCAAGGACUAUAGCAGAAACACACCCAAGGACUAUGGCCGAAACUAUAUGAAAUGGCAUUGGGGGUAAAGUUGGCUGAGUUUAGCAAGUCCAAUCAAAGUAGACAGAUGCUCACAAAUGCUAAGCAGGGAGGUAUGGUGCAGAAAAAGCAGUGGACCCCUGUCCAACCUAUGAUGCGAAUCAAAGGUAAGUCAUAUGCGGAAGUAGUUCAAAUUGGACGACAAAAUGGAGGAGAAUAUGGCAAUCAAAAUGUGUCUGUUAGAGCUGUGGAGGUUGGGAACGGGUGGUUAUAUGAUAGUGUCCUGGUCAAGCUCAAAGCUUUUUUCUCCUUCCAUGACUUCAGGAAGGAGAUCUACAAGAGGAUUGAUAAGGAUGUGGUAGUUAGACAAGUGGGAGGGAAGCAGGCAAUUCUAUCUUUUAGCUCCAAUCAGCAGAAGAAGGAAGCACGAGUGAGAAUGAAGGAGUGGAUUCAUGACUGGAGUGAUGAAGUAUGUGAAUGGGAAGAAGGGAAGUUAAUGGAACUGGAUAGAUGUAUCUGGCUCACUUGUGUGGGAGUACCUCUCAAUCUCUGGAAUAUCAAGACCUUCGAAGCGACUGGCAAGGUAUGGGGAGAUGUAGUUCAGUACGAUGAAGAUACAGUGGGAGGUAAACAUUUUAUGUUUGGCAAAGUAAGGAUCAUCACAAAAAUCAUGGAGCCCAUCAAUACGGUAAUUAAUUUACUAGGAACUGAGAGGGCUUAUCAAGUGAGAGUGUAUGAAGAGCCCUUUGUCAAUAUCUGUCAAUGUAAUGGUGAGUAUAGCUGCCAGAUAAAUGAAGUAAUGGAAUCCAAUCUGCACAAUGACGUUGAACACUUAACCAAACGAAAGGGCCAGGUUGAUAAUGUUCAUCCAGAGGUAGCUGUCAAUGGUGUUGAAGGUGGGGAGGAAGGUGAAGUUGGGUCGGUUGUAGAGAAAAGUGAUGAUGAGGAUGUGGCAAAAAUUGAUGAGGUGUCAAUUAAGGGAGCUCACACCGUGGAAAGAGUACUCGAGGCAGUAGAUGAAGGCCAUCAUUUCAUGUCUGGAGUAGCAGGAAAAGAAGCUGAGCGUGCUCUAGGGAACGAAAGGGAGUUGUAGGCGAGCUGCUCGAGGGUGCUGGAAAGUCAACGGGUAGAAGAUCAGGUGUGCACUUCAGGUUUUAUAAAUAGUCAAACUGGGUUGGAGUGUAGUCGGCCCAAAAUAAAUUUAGAAGUUGUGCUACAUGGAGCCCAAGUUCAGCCCAUAACUAAUGGGCCAAGAUGGGAAGUUGAUUCCAAUUUGAGUGAUUGUAUAGCCCAGAAUCAAUAUAAGGCUAGAGGGGACGAUGCAGCAUACAAAGACAACCAUGUGAAGGGGGGCCCAUCUCAGAAAGUUAAUGCUGGAUCAAAAAGGAAGUCUGAUCUGAAGAGGAAAGGAGUCGACCAGAGUAAAGAAAAAAUGGAGCAGGGGGGCCAUCCAAAACAGAAGGGGAUUCUAUGUAGUAGCAGUCUCAGAAGUGGAGUGAUCCUUCGAGCGGCAGCAGCUGCUAUGUCCCUAUCAGCAUCACAGAGGAGUAAUUCUCAAAGAAGAAGCAAGUUACUUAAAGAAGCCCGAGCUAUGA